AUGACAUAUAUCAAACAGAUUACACGAUUCCGAGGGGGCUCGCAAAAUUUACCUUCAAUAAGAUUAAUUAGAGAAUACAGUAGCUCCUCCAAGUUCAAGUUUUACGACAUCUGGCUUCCCCACGCAAAAUAUGCCCUGAGCCAAGAGGAUGAUGCCAUAAUAAGGAGACAGAAAGAGCAAAGAGAACGACCUCAAGUUAUGGUAUUCGAUCCAUUAAAUGGAGUUCAGCCGCCAAGUUAUGAUGAUAUUUUUUCAGAUAAAAACGAGUCAGCGAAGUCUUCUAGACGUGAUGUCUCAUAUAAGGAUAUAUAUAAACUGAUAGCUGGUAUUAGAGUGCCGAAAAAACCUAUAGAGCCAGACAGCUGUUGUAUGAGUGGGUGCAUAAAUUGUGUGUGGGAUCUAUUUAAUGAGGAUUUGCAAUACUGGAAAGCGAAAACCCAGGAGGCAGUGAAGGCUUUAGAAAAGCAGGAAAACAAUAUAAAGGAGAAGUGGCCACUGAAUUUUGACCCUCCUCCAGGAAACCUUCCACUAAAAUACAUUCCAAAGAAGUUGUGGGGAGAAAGAGGAGAGCAACAUGUAAAGUAUGAAAUUCCUAUAGGGUUGAAAGUACUCCAGGAAUUUGAAGAAAAGAAGAGGGAGGCAAAACUUGCAAGAGCUCAAAAAGAAGAAGCAGAAAAGAAAAGAAACGUUCAAAGGAAAGUUGGAGGUAAUGUUUCAGAUGAAUCACGGAUAAAACCAUCUGGGUUUGAGCACUGCGUGAAGGUGUUUAGGAAAAAUACUCAAGAAGCAAACAUGUGA